CUCAGCCUCUAAUUCGUCAAAUUAAAAAUUUCCAAUGACAAAAACUUGAGUUGUCACCUCUACUCCCUUCUCUCUAUCCAUGUCCUAGCUCUAGGCAAACCCAAAACUCUUUACUUAGUCUCUUUGCCCUACUCUCUUUGUCGAAUAAACAAUCAAAUCUAAUUUAUAUAUUUAAUCAUUAAUUACAAAGGCAAUUAAUUUUUUAUUCGAUAAUACCUAUUGAGAUACCCAAAUACUGGUUGAGAUACCGAAAUAUUUAGAGAUUGUGAUUUGGAUUGAUAUUAAAACGUAAUUUGAUAUUCAGAAUUUCAGUAUUUGGUAUUGGGAUACCGAUAUCCACCCCUAACCAACACAUCACAAUGCUCUUCUCAAACUCAAGGCCUCAACAAUAACCAGACCGGAUUUGGGUAAGCCAUUCCACAACCCAAUCCGAGUCCCGACCCACGUCUCACCCGACAUUUCUUGGGUAAUUAUCAUAAAUAGUCACAAAACUAUUCACUUUGUACAAAACGGUCACAAACCUUUAAAUUUGCACGUUUCAGUAACAUAUGUUUCAACUAAUAACAAAAAGGUAAUUCCGUCAAUCUCCAUCCAAAAUUCUAUUAGUUUGGUCCAGUCAACUGUCCAGUCAGCAUCCACAUCAUCAAAAUAAUUAUUAAAAAUAAAAUAAAAUCAAUUAAACCCUAAGGGCCUGUUUACUUUCAUUUCUGUUUCCUGUUUUUGAGAAAACAGAUGUUGAAAACAGGUGAAAAACAACAUUUUGUCGUUUACCGAAAACAGCAGGAAGUUGCCACUUUCUGUUUUCAUAGUUGGAAACGAAUAGAAAACAGAAUGAAAAGUAAACAAGUUUUCUCAUUUCGGUUGCCAAAUUUAUCGCAUGAAAACAGAAAACAGGAAACGAAAAUGGAAGUGAACAGAGUCUAACAAACUCAAUCCAAUCCAACCCAUUCCUUCUAUCUCCUUCCCUCUUCGCCACCAUCUCUGCACUGCCUUCUCAGCUUCCACUCAAAUUUAUCAACAGAAUAAAAUUAAUCAAGUCACCCGAUCCCGUACGACUGCACACGAUUUCCCCAAUUUGAGCCCCCUCUUCCGUACGGACUCCAAAAACUGCGCGUGGCCGACGGCGAGCGCGCUGGCUGCGAGUUGCUCCUUGGUAGUGAAAAUCGGGUAGCCGGUGCCAAUGUAGACUUUGUCGGAGAUUAUGUUGUUGGGAUCGGUCAGGUCGACGGUGAUUUCAUGGGUGGUUGAGUGGUUGACUCGGGCGAUGAUGAAGGCUCGUCGCGACGAAGGACCGGCGGAGUGGUGGUGUAGAUAGGAGAGGACGGCGAAUUUGGGUGGGUCCUUGAGGCCGAUGGAGGUGUGGUUGGAGUAGUGUGCACGGACGGCGGUUUGGACGGUAGUGAACUCGGCCGACGUUAGUGGGUCGAGUGGGUGAGAUGAAAGGGAAAUGCCGAAAUGGAGAUGGUGGAGAGGAAGAAGAAAAGGAAGGUAGGGAGUUUUGACAUGAUUAGUGGAAGCUGAGAAGGCGGUGCAGAGAUGGUGACGGAGAGGGAAGGAGAUAGAAGGAAUGGAUUGGGCUUGCAGCAACGUGACGCGAAAUACGGAAGCUCCCAGAAGCAGGAGCGGGGCAUCAUCUUCUUCUCACGCUUAAACCCUAAACCCUUCCACUCGUUUCACUGCUCUAUCUGCCUCUCCUCCUGUAAAAUAAUCGGAAUGGCACUAACUCGACAUCUGAGGAAAAUCCUUCCAUCAUCUCCUAAAUCCCUACCUUUCUCCCAACAAGUUCUCGAACAAUGCCACCGCCCACAAAACCCCAAUUCGAUUCUCGCUGGACUAAUUCAAUCCAACGCAUUGGGCAUCUCGCGAACCUCCCACACCAGAACUUAUAUGUCCGAAAUGCGCAAAUCCGCCUUCCAGGACAAAAUGCUCAGGCUUCUGAGGAACGAGAUUCAGUACGAGCUCGAUCACUUCCCCCCAAAGCAGCCUGUAACCAGUUUUGGCCCGUUCAUCCUGGUUGACAAACCAGGGGAGCAAUGGAUUAGGCUGAAGAGGACAUUUUCUGCAGAUGAAGAUAUCAAAGUUGAAGCAAGCAUGUUUGAUGCUGCUAUACCGGCUCCAAAAUCAAGUGGUGUUGACUCGAAAGAAAAUGUUCAACUUCACAUCACUAUGGUUGUCAAUAUAUCUAAGCCUGGUGAUGAUGAUGUUCUAGAGAUAAUGUGCUCUGCCUGGCCAGAUACCAUUGAAAUUACAAAAGUCUUCAUACGGAGCACGAAGAAUAUGCCAGCAAAGCCUUAUGUUGGUCCUGAUUUCAAGGAAUUGGAUGAUGAGCUUCAAGACUCGCUUUACGAGUUCUUGGAGGCAAGGGGCAUCGGCGAUGAGAUUGCAGUUUUCUUGCAUGAAUAUGUGAAGAACAAAGGUAAAACAGAAUACAUCAGGUGGAUGGAUACUGUGAAGUCAUACAUGGAGAAGUCCUAGAGCCGAUCAAUCCUUAGUAGGUCUAUAGAGUUGGUUCGGUUGCAGAUUUUGCUUUUGUUUUCGCUGUCCAAUCGCGUGACUUUGUACUAUUGAAUCAACUGCUCUUUGUGAGUUUCCUGCUAUUUGUUUUGAGGAGUCUAGCUCCAACAUUCAAAUUCGAGCCAUUGGUAUAGCACUGCCGAAGUAAAUAUGAGCAGUAACAGUUAAACCACAGCAUUGCAUGUAUUCAAUCAGCUGUAUGAAUAUAUGACUCUUGAGAAAGACUACAAUUUUUGGGUUUCUUUUGAUGCAACUGAGCAGUCACAGACAAACCCUUUUUGAAUUUGCAUGCGUUCGGGGUUGAUGUAAUGUUUUUAUUUAAGCUGGAAGUCAAUUCUGGAGAUGCUGAAUCAGAAGUGACAGGAAGCAGAUUUUUACUGUUUGUAUGAUCAUCCGUGUGUUAGCAUUGUUUGAAAAGCAGGGGACUGUUUAGAAGUUGAAAUUGUAAUGACCAAGUUAGGGGUGGAUGCAUUAUUGUUGGCAUUUUGUAUGGUCUCACGUCUCAGUGUUGAACUGAGCUCUCACCUCACCCGGCCUGCCUUUGAUGUCAACAAUACUAUGGUGUUGACAACCAACCAAAGGGCCACUGCCAAAAUGUCAAGCUGUUUCUGACCUUAUCAGCAAGCAAUUGCUCUUGUUUGUAUCAAAAUGAACAUUGACAUAUCAUCGUCAUCUUGAAGUAUCUGCGGAUGCAAGACAAAUAUUUGGUCUUGAAGAUCUGCCACAGAUCUUAUGUAUCAAUAAAAUAAUUAAGGCAGUGCAUGAUUUCUUUGGCCUUUUGCACUCUUACUCAUUCCAAUUUUCUAAUUGUGCCUCUUUUCUAAGAUGAGGAAGCUUCGUCCGAACAUGUAGUAGGACCGGACGGAUACUUUCGAAUUUAAUACAAGUUCCUUAAGGAAUUGGUUUGAACUAAACCAUGGCAGGCAGCUAAUCUAACUCCAAACAUAAACUAACCAAGGACUAAAAUACAGUACCGGAGGUCGUACCGGAAAAGUCUUCGGUAAGGUAUUUUAUGCUAAAACCGUGGUUUAACCAUAAUUCAACCGUAAUAUCCUGCUAAAUACCGCCUACCGAUUUUGCUUCCGGUAUAAGAGUUUUCUUGUCGAAUUGUCGUACGGUACAGUAUUUUAAUCAUUGAAACUAACACCAAACAUAAUCUAACUGCACUACGCCAUAUUUGUACGGUUAAAAGUGGAAGGCCAAAACAAUGCAUGUCAAAGCAAACAGAGUCGUGUAUGGACUUGUCCUUUAUUCACGCCUUGAGCUCAGAGGAACGACUUCACAUAGAUGUGAUACACUAGGGAUAGUCAAAUGAUUACCUUGGUAAAUACCAAACCAGACAAGUCUAAAUUCUAUUAAUCAUGAAAUACAAUAUUAUAAUCAAACCGUCCAAACUAAUAUAACAAUCAAAUUAAACAUACUAAAGUUUAUUUGGUUUGGUUAAUUGAUUAACCAAAAUAAAAAAUAACAUCAAAUUAUCAUUAACUGAGAAGAAUUUCCGGUUAGUGCAUCAAUUUGCAAUUUAUAUAAUGAAUAACACAUAACAAUCAAUGCAUAAUUAUAGUUAACCCUUAACAUAAAUACAUGUAACAAAUGCAAUUAUCUUACAUUUGACUCUUGAGUAGUUAUAUAAAGUAUUAAGUAUGUGUAUAGAAUAUAUAUUAGAUAUAUGACUAAUUACUUAACUGGUUAAUUUAAUUUGAUUAGUUAGAAGUGUCUGAAACAAAUCAAAACCACCAAAACCAAACAAGUUAAAAAAUUUAACCAAACCAAACUAAUUAUUCAUAUUAAACAAAUCAAAUUAUCCAAAACUACUGGUUAAAAUGAUUUCAACGAAAACUACUCCGUUUGAACACCCGUCGAUACACCCACCGAUCCUGAGUGCCCGUUUGUGAUUGAGAAUGGCAAAGCAAUAACGAGAAUUAGCAAAAACAUGUGAUUUAGAGGGAAUGGGGGGAUUCGAUUGAUAAUUGUAUACAUAUAUAACUAAUGAAAAAGUGUUACUAUUUACUAGAAAAAACAACUUAAUACCAUAUCGAUUAAUUUCAAAAAGUGGUUAUGAUUAAGAAGACUAAAUUAAUCAUGUUAUGAUAGAAACCCUGUUGAUCCAAGGCGUCUAGGGUAGGGUUACGAAAUUGGGGAUAGAUCGAUAAUUAGGGAUUUGAUAGAAUAGGAUUAGAUUGGGAAGAAUUAGGGAUUUAUGAUAGAUUUAGGGAGUGGGAUGGAGAAUUUGGGGAAGAAGAAGAAAAAAAUAAGAAUCGGCCGAAGCCAUGGAUUAGGGGAGAAGAGAAAUUAGGAGAAAGAGAGAGCUUAGGGUUUGGGGAGAUAAUCUUCUAUUGAUUUCUGCUUAUUCUGAUGAAAGACUCAAAGUACAUAUAUAUAGCCAAAUACCGGAAUAAACCUGAUAAAUAACCUAAUACGACUCGAAUACUACUAGUACUAACUAUAAUAAUAAAUAACCUACCAUAAUUAAUAAUAGAAACCCGAUAAAAACGUGCUUCUGUCAUGUUAAUACCAGUUAUGUACAUAGCUUAGCAAGCCAAACCAUGUUAACUAGUUCCAAGGGCAUGUUUCGUUGUGGGUAAUAUACUCAUGCGAGGUACCUCAUCGUAUACCCUCUCGCCGACGUCCUCUCAUUAUGACAUCACCAUAGGGGUUGGUGACAUCACCCUGGCUACUUGUCAAGUGAAGUCUUCAAGCGGUCAAGGUGUCAAGUUGUUUACAUGGAAGGAAUGGUGUUGGGGAUUCAAGCAAAGCUACAUCAAGCACUAGACAGUACAGUGGCAGUUACAGAUGAUCGUGUUAUAAAUAGAAAAACCGAAGAUGAAGCAAGAGCCCGUAACAAAUACUUGAUACCACAUGUCAAACUUUAUCUUUUAUUUUGAAUUGUAAUUAUGGUCAUAAUUUUAAGUAACCAGAGCUCUCACUGAAUCUUCUAAGAAGCAAGAGUAACUUAACGUAGUUUAAUUUAAUCGCAAAGUCAUAAAAAUAUCAAACAUCCUUGUUCAAAUAUUGUUUGAAUAGGCAUGAACCGCGUGUAGAAUCAUUGUCCAAAGAAGUCGAAAGUGCAUUCGUUGAUGUUCAAACAAAAAUUUUAUCGCCGGAGAAUGGUUAUACGUCUUAUAAAAAGUAAAUGCUUAAUUAACAAACACUUGAUACCUCAUCGUGCUUGAUGCGCAUCCACUAAGCACGAUGUCAAACAUGACGUCGUACAAGGGGGAUCAACAUAGACACCGUUAAACAUCAAGGUAUGUGAGACAAAUGUGGUCACCACUGUCAGAAAGUUGAGAGAACAUAACUACUCGGCUAUGCAGUAAGCUCAUUCACAUAGAAAGAGAAGAACCAUAUACAUAUGGGUCCGGAUCUGGUCAGCAACCAAAGUUUUAAUGAUCUUGCAUAACUUUUUUCUUCAUUAAAUUUAAUAAGCUAUAUAUCUUUUAUUUCAAUUUAAAAUUUAAUUUUUGCACAUAAAAAAGAUUAAUCUUGCUUUUCAAAAUAACAUGCACUUUGAUAUAUUUUGGAACAAAACAAUUGAAACAUAUAAUAUGACUCUAUACCGUGACGCCAAUGUUUGGUAGUACAGGAGAUUAUACCAUGGUGGUAUGAAGUGUACUAUUGUGGUAUGAAUACGAGAUAGUGUAUAAUAAUUAUAUACAUUAUAGUAUGGAUAUACUAACUACCAUCUACCACCUUUUACUACGGUCUACCAUAAUUUUCCCACCUUGUACGAGGGUGGUACAAGUUGUUAUAUUUGGCCCUAAAUUUUUUCUAGAAAUAUAUCAAAUUCUAUAGAUCACAAUGAAUCUAUUCCUUACUGGUAAAUAUAUUCAAAAUUUUAAUUAAAAACAAAGGUGGUACAUAGUGGACCAAGUCUUAUCAAGUGGUACAAAAAUAUUUUCCUCAAUGUACAUUUGUUUGCUGUGGAAACUUCGAAUUGUUAAUUUGAUUAAUUGCACCUCUAACUUCGGGAAGCCAAUACAAAACUUUCUCGAUUUACAUCUCUUCAAACAAUGUUGAAACGAGGGUGUUUGAGUUUUUUGAAUUAUGUCAAAUUAGCCUACUCCUACAGAAAAUGAAUAUAUUACAAUCAAACCCUUUAUAAUUCGGCUUGUUUUAAAAGCUCCAUCUGCCGACCCUUGCAGUUCAAACAACCAGAAAAGCUAGCCUUUAGUCUCCUACUGCGAAGAAGACUGAUGACAGACAGCAACCAAACCCCAGUUCCAUUUCCAAUAUGUCUCUAUCAAAAUGGUCUAUAAAUAUAUGUAUGUUGCACAGUGUUUCUUAAACAAGAGGCAAAAUACCAUACAGGGACUUGCCAAUAUUUUUAUAUUUGCCAAAUAGGGCAAAGAUAAUGGCCUUCUAACACUGAACAAAGUGGAUGGAGGACCAACUGAAUUGAUCAUGAGCCUAGGCGCUUCAAAAGUCAUGCCUUGGGUGACACUCCUGUCACCUUUGAAAACCUCCCCCACCAUGCACCAUCAAUUGGAUUAGUGUAACACUUAGGAGGGUGAUUAACAGCCAUAAUUUGUGAACUGCUCCAAGUAGUGCUGUCAGUUUGGUUUAGUUUAUUGUCAAAAACCGGUUGAUCCAAAUCACUCGAAGCGAUAGUACAUACCAUACUCGUCCACAAGUUGAUAUGAAUUACUCGUGAUUCACUCGGUUUCUGGGACAUAAUCAUUAUGUAUAGGGCUGGGAAACGGUGUGGUCUGGUCCAGACCAGACCAUAUAUACGGUCAAUGGUCCAGACUGAGAGGUUGAACUAUAGACCAUGCACAAACCAGACCACAGACUAUACGGUGCGGUUCAGACCACGCCUGUGCGGUCUGGUUUGGUUUGGUCUGGUCCAGAUAAACCACACUCAACGAAAAAUGAACAAUUUGUUUUGUCAACCACACAAUAAAUUUAACCAAUAACGAAGAAAAAUAAUUGUUAUUUGCCUUAAAACAUUAAUCAUAACAUGCAUGAUAAUUUUAAUACCCAAAAUCUUAGUACAUAACAAAGAUAUAAAGUAAAAGUAUCACAACUUGCAUAAUAACGUCAUAAACAUUAACAUAAUGU